CCCCUAGACAAAACAAAAUAGACUUAUUUCUCAAAUUACCCAUUCCACGAAACGUUUUAGUUUACUUCGUCCCCGCUGGGUGGCACUGAAGCCAACUUUUAAUAACCGUGCGGUUCUGCGCGCGCCAUUUUACACAGAGAACGCCAUUUCUGUUUUGUGAUCCGCCAUUAUCUGUUUACGAAAUUGAGUUUUGCUGUUUUAAUAUUUUUCCUGUGUGUUUUAUCGUUUAUUUUUUUGUAAAUCAACAUUUUUUUAAGAUGGUUGCCAUUUAUUGUGCUGUUCAGGGUUGUUGGGGGUCUAAAGCAAGUAAACAUGUGUUUCCAAAUCCCUCAAAAAAUAUGGACCUGUUUAAAACAUGGGUAGAAUUAUGUGGAAAUAAACGACUACUUGAAAUGAAUCCUAACAAAGUUUAUUCAGGUUGUCGAGUGUGCAGUCUACAUUUUACAAAAGAGUGUUAUUUAUCCAAUAAUAGGUUGACUCGUACAGCCCUUCCAACAAAAUUUUUACCAGGCUUAGAGCCACAAACAGUUAUGGAAGAUGUCAUACCUACUUCACAGGGUACCGAGUUGGAUCUACCCUCAAUUUUCCAACCAUCAACAUCCCAAGGUGACGGAAUUAUGUCUUCCUUAGAUAGGUGUACAACUCCCACAACUGUAAACCCAAGAAAAUCGAUUUUAUCCUCAAUUGGAUUUACUCGAAAAUUACAGUUGUCACCCAAAAAGAAGGAGUUGCAUAAGCAACUUGGGGAAAUGAAAAAAAUUGCCAAUAAUUUGAGUCGGUCAAAAAAAUCCCUGAAAAAAAGAUUAUUUGAAGCAACAAAAUUUUCUGAAAGAAUAUCUUUUAUUAAGAUGGUGGAAAACUUAAAUUUCGUUCAAAAACGAUUUUUUGAAUGCCAACUUAAAAAUGCAACAAAAAAAACAAAGGGCAGAAGAUACUGUAAUGAAGACAAAAUAUUGGCCCUUGCCUUGUGCAAACAGACAGGACCGGGUUAUAAAUAUUUAUCACAUAUUUUUGCGUUACCAUCAAAACAAACAAUUGCCAAAUUUUUAAAUAAAAUUGAAGUCGGACCAGGGUUUAAUAGUGUUAUUUUUAAAGCCCUUAAAGCAGAAGUUGAUAAAUUUAAGGACCCUAAGGAUAUAUACUGCAUGAUAUUAUUUGAUGAAAUGUCAAUAUCAACUCAAUUGAGUUACAACAGGAAAAAGGAUGUUGUUGAAGGAUUUGACUCCAUCCACAAGGGAAAUCAAUUUGCUAAUCAUGCUCAAGUGUAUAUGGUGCGUGGAAUAAAUAAAAGGUGGAAACAGCCCAUUUAUUUUAAUUUCACUUCUGGACCUGCAAAAACUAUCGAUAUAGUUGUUUCAUUAAAAUUGUUGAUUAAAAAACUAAGAGACAUUGGACUUAUUGUAUGUUCAGUAAUUUGUGACCAAGGCACCAACAACUCAGCAGCUUUAAAGUACCUUGUAAAAGAAACCAGGGAUGAAAAAAUAAAAAAAGGUGAAGAUAUGGAGAUAUCAGAUUUUUUUUUUGAUAUAGAGGGCCAAAAAAUACUUCCAUUAUUUGACCCACCACAUCUCAUUAAAUGUGUACGAAACAACUUAUUAAAACAUAAUUUAGUUUAUUACUCUGAUAAGCAAAAAAAGGUUGCAAAAUGGGACCAUUUGCUGAAGGCAUAUAAAAUGGAUCCCUAUUUUGGGAGUUUAAGGUGCAUGCCCAAGCUUACUGACUUGCAUGUUAUCCCUGAAAAAAUAGCUAAAAUGAAGGUAUCAUAUUGUACCCAAGCUAUUAGCAGAACUGUGGCAAUGACCAUAAAUUUAAUGGCUCAUUCAGAAACUACAGUAAAUAUUAAUGGAGAAGAAUUAAAAAUGGAGAAAGAGGCUAUUGAUACUGCUUUUCUGUUUGAGUUUUUUGACAGCCUUUUUGAUAGCCUUAAUUCCAUUGGGAAAUCUCCUAAAAAUUUGAGGAGGCCCGUUUUUGAUAAUUCACCCCAUUUUGAAUUUUGGACUAAGGCCAUUAAAACUUUAAAAGAAAUGAAGUUCUUGAAAAAAAAUGGAAAUACCUUUAGUCCACCUUGUUUAUCCAACUUUGUUAAAACAAUAAAAAAUUUUGGUGAAUUAUUUAAAAUGCUGAGAGGUUUUGGAUUUAAAUCAAUGAAGACUCGCCAAUUCAACCAGGACCCACUGGAGAAUUUUUUUGGGCAAAUGAGGCAGCGAGGUGGAAGAUAUGUAAACCCCACAUGUGAAGCAUUCCUCCCAUUUUACAAAAGCCUACUUAUAAAAAACUUGGCAGCGAGGCAUGCCCCUACCAGCAAUUGUGAAGAUGAUAAAGCAGAUAUGUUUUUCAGUCUGAAAAAUCUUUUGGAUGAGGGCUUAGAGGAGCAACAACAAGAAAAUCAACUAGAAACACCUAUAAUUUUCAAUCUUCCUAGUGAAAAAAUAGGUUAUAUUGAAAACCAGGCAUUAACAUAUGUUUUGGGUUUUAUUUUAAAAAAGAUAAAACCAAAAACUAAAGAUUGUGAAGAGUGCUGCCAAAGGCUGUUUUGUGAGAUGCCGGAUAAAGAACAUGAAUUUGUAAUAAGAAAGGAUUAUGGUGGAAGAAAAUUAACCUAUGUUAACAUUAAUUUAAAAAAAAAAAACUGUCCUUUAUAUAUACAAAAAGCAAAGCAUGGUUGUGUCAAAAUUUAGAGGAGACAAAAUUAAUUUUUCGCCUUCGUCAAAUAUUUCAAAAUAUUAAAUUUACUUGUGAUAUUCAUGAAAAUCUUAACAAUUUAAUCUUAAAAAAAUUUUUAAAUUUGAUAUUCUUUAAUAUUAUAAAACAAAUUAACAAUAUUUUAAAUUUAAAAGACACAAGAAAAUUAACCCAAAAUGCACCUGCUAUUUUUCAAAUGGCGAAAAAACUGGCUAUAAAAAAAUAUUGUAAAAAAACUAUUAAAUAUUAACAAACACAGUGCUACUAAAAAUUAAGCCUACCUCUUUAAUUUUUUAAAAAGGUUAAUUUUUCAUAAAUUUUUUUGUUAUUUUAUUAUUUUUUAAAUAUGUUAAUUGAAAAGAAAUAAACUAUGUGCAUCCUAAAACUAUUAUUAAUAUUAAACUAAAACUAAAAAAAGUGACCAACAAAUUUUAAUACAUUUAAAAUUUCGGUCACUUUAAGCUGUUUAAUUUCUUUGAAAUUUAUAUGGGCGCAUAGUUUUUUAUGAUCUUUUCAAUGAGCAUACCAACUUAAAAACUUUUAUAUUAAACCAAAGAAUAACUAAAUUUAUUAUUAUAUAAAUCCAAUAUUAUAUUUAUUUUUUAUGUUAUAUUUAUAUUUAUCUGAUAUUAUCGUUAUUGUGAUAUUUAAGAGCUAUUUUUGUUUCAAUAAGACAAAAAAAUAUGUUGUGCCAAUAGGUACCAGUUUUUAUAACUGUUUUUGAGGUCAUAAAUAAAUAAAUAA